CAGAUGAAGAAAAAACAGAACAGCGUGAGCAGCGUCAGGCUGUUAGCAUUGAUCACCAGGCUAACCUGAUACUGUCGUUUAUCUGUAAAGGAUUUCAAUAAAUUAACAUCGUAUGUUUUGAGUUCAGUUAACUCUUGCCUGUUAUAACUCAAGAGGAUUUAACUUACUACAGAUAUCCGUGUCAAACAGUGUUCCGAUCAAGAAUAUUCAUGAGCUGUAUUAUUUGACAACCCAGCAAAAGGAGGUGAAGAUGAACCCCCAGGAGAAGGUAAAGCGUCCCCUAUGCAUUUGCGUGGCAACCUGUAACAGAGCGGACUACUCCAAACUCGCUCCCAUCAUGUUUGGCAUCAAAUUGCAUCCAGAGCUGUUCGACCUCAAGGUGGUGGUGCUCGGUUCACAUCUCAUUGACGAUUAUGGAAACACCUUCCGUAUGAUUCAGCAGGAUGAUUUUGACAUUGGCUCGAAAUUGCACACCAUCGUCCGUGGUGAGGACGAAGCGGCCAUGGUGGAGUCCGUUGGUCUCGCACUCGUAAAGCUCCCUGACGUCCUCCAGCGUCUCGCCCCGGACAUUCUUCUUGUUCAUGGUGACCGUUUCGACGCCCUUGCCCUGGCCACGGCAGCCGCUUUGAUGAACAUUCGCAUUUUACACCUUGAGGGUGGAGAAGUCAGCGGGACGAUCGACGACUCCAUUCGGCACGCCAUCACCAAACUGGCACACUACCACGCCGUCUGCACGCGAUCGGCUGAGAGACACCUUAUUUCCAUGUGUGAAGAUCACUCUCGCAUCUUACUGGCUGGCUGCCCGUCGUACGACACGCUGCUGACCGCCCACAAGCGAGACGAUUACGCUGAUAUUAUCAAAUCUUGGCUUGGAGAUGGCGUGAAGGAGCAGGACUAUAUCGUAGCUCUACAGCAUCCUGUUACCACAAACAUCCAGCACUCCAUUAAGAUCUACGAGUUAAUGCUGGACGCUCUCAUCUCCUUCAACAAGAAGACUCUCAUACUCUACCCCAAUAUAGAUGCAGGGAGUAAAGAGAUGGUUCGAGUGAUGAGGAGGAAAGGAAUCGAGAAGCACCCCAACUUCUGCGCCGUCAAGCACGUUCCCUUUAAUCAGUUCAUUCAGUUGGUGGCUCACGCCGGCUGUAUGAUCGGGAAUAGCAGCUGUGGCGUUCGGGAGGCUGGAGCAUUCGGGACACCUGUUAUUAACCUGGGCACUCGCCAGACAGGUCGAGAGACAGGGGAAAAUGUUUUACAUGUACGAGACGCAGACACGCAUAACAAAAUCUUCCACGCCUUGGAGCUACAGUUUGGAAAGCGCUACCCAUGCUCCAAGAUCUACGGUGAUGGAAACGCUGUCCAACGUAUCUUAAAAUUCCUUCAGACUAUUAACCUCAACGAGCCUUUACAAAAGAGGUUUUGCUUUCCGCCAGUAAAGGAGUGCAUCUCCCAAGACAUCGACCACAUUCUGGAGACACAGAGUGCCCUUGCUGUUGACCUAGGGGGCACCAACUUGCGAGUGGCCAUAAUUAGUAUGAAGGGUAAAAUAGUCAAGAGGUACGUCCAGUUGAAUCCUAAGACGUUCGAGGAGAGGAUAGAGCUCAUUCUGACCAUGUGCAAGCAAGCCAUGGCUGACGCCGUUCACCUAAACUGCCGGAUCCUUGGAGUCGGCGUGAGCACGGGAGGCCGUGUCAACCCACAGGAGGGUGUGGUCCUUCACUCUACAAAGCUAAUAAAUGAGUGGAGUUCGGUGGACAUCCGCACGCCGCUCUCCAGCGCCCUCCACCUGCCCGUGUGGGUCGACAAUGACGGGAAUUGCGCAGCCCUUGCCGAGAGAAAGUUUGGGCACGGGAAUGGCGUAGAGAACUUUGUCACCGUCAUCACUGGAACCGGUAUCGGAGGUGGCAUUAUCCAGCACAAUGAACUGAUUCACGGCAGCGCGUUUUGCGCAGCGGAACUUGGCCACAUUGUGGUCUCUCUGGACGGACCAGAAUGCACCUGCGGCAGCCACGGCUGUAUAGAAGCCUAUGCAUCGGGCCAUGCCCUGCAAAAAGAGGCAAAGAGAUUGCAUGACGAGGAUCAGCUAUUGGUAGAUGGAAUGACUUUGAACAAAGAACAGGUGGAUGCACGUCAUCUCAUCGAUGCAGCCCAUUUUGGCAAUUCCAAAGCAGAAAGCAUACUUCACACGGCUGGUACCGCACUGGGUCUGGGUAUUGUGAACAUCUUACACAUGGUCAAUCCGUCCCUGGUGAUCCUGUCUGGCAUUUUGGCGAAACACUAUGAAAAUCCAGUUCGACAGGUCAUCAGACAGCGCUCCCUCCUCUCGGUACAGGAAACACAGGUUAUGGUGUCUGACCUCGAGGAUCCGGCUCUGCUAGGGGCUGCAAGCAUGGUGUUGGACUACACCACCCGCCGUACUUACUGAGAGGGUUGAAAAACCAAGAACCAAUCAUGGAGACUUUUGGGACUGUGGGCCAAUCACGUGUUGUUAUUAUUAUUCGUUAAGCCUGUGGGGACUUUAAGACUUUGAGGCUUUUGUCUCGGUUCAGAUAAUGGUCUUCCUGCAGUCCUAUGCAGGUGCUAUUAUAUUUGGGAUCAAACAUUAAUGAAAGGUGUGCAAUUUUAAUGAUUAAUUUAUAAAGAGUUUAUGAAGGAAUAUUGGAUGAAGUGUUUGUAUUUAUACUGGAUCGAAUGGGUGUUUGAUGUUGGGAUGAUAUUCUCUUUGUUUCUGUCUUGUUUAUUAUGUUCUCUCAUAAAAGCAGUCUAUAUUUUCAUCUUUUGCGCCUUAUGAUGUUGCCAAAUAUGUCUUUUGUAAGCCCUUGCUUUCAAAUUGUUUGCAUUGCUGUUCGUUCAGUAUGUUUAUCUAAUUUAAUAUGUUUGUCUCUCAGAAGCUGUAAAAACAAAACAUCCUUUAAAACAAUUAUCUUGAAUGUCUUUAUUGCCAGUGAGAUUUUUAAACUGGACUGCAUACAGGCCCCUAGAGUCCUUCACAUCUAAUCUAUACUUUAUGGCGUGGUUUCCCAGACAAGAUUAAGCAAGCACUAGACCUUAGUUAUAUUGGGGUGUUUAAAGGAAAACACCACCGUUUUUUAAAUAUUUUACUAUGUUCUUAUCUCAACUUAGACAAAAUAAUACAUGCCUGUCUUUUUUCAAUGCGUGCACUUUUAAUCUUUGUACAACGCUUUAUGAAUGUGUAAGCAUUUAGCCUAGCCCCAUUCAUUCCUAUGGUUACAAACAGGGAUGAAUUUGGAAGCCACCAAAAACUCAUGUUUUCCCUAUUUAAAGACUGUUACACAAGUAAGUAUGGUGGCACAAAAUAAAACUUUUGUUUGGAGCCAUAGGAAUGAAUGGGGCUAGGCUAAAUGUUAACACAUUCACGAAGCACUGUACAAAGA